AUGAUUACCGCCAGCAGUGAACCUGGAGAAAGUGUCGUGAUUUUGAAGGAUGCUAAGGAUCAUAAGCACGCACCGAAUCGGGAGGAAUGUGAGGCCGAAGUAGUAAAGGCGAGGUUAAAAAGGAGAGCAGAAGAUCACCCGGAGCAGCCGCCUGCUCAAAUUUUACGUUCCGAAUUUCCGCAGCUGUCAGAAGGGGUCAUCAGUCAGCUGCCUGAUAGGGAAAAUAUAAAGAAAGCAAUGAGACGACGACGGCAAGCAAAUCUACCUCCGAAUCCGACAACAUUAGAGCAAUUGCAGGAAAUUCCUGAUCGAUAUCGAAAAACAAUAGUGGGUGAAACUUUCUUAAUUUAUGAUUCAAUUGAAUCCUCUGAAGAUCGUGAUUCGAGGGUCCUCGUUUUUAGCACGCGACGAAAUUUAGAACUGUUGUUCCAAAGUUCCACUUGGUUUCUGGACGGAACUUUCAAGGUUUCGCCAAACAUCUUCACACAAGUUUUCACAAUACUUGGAAUGGUAAAAGAAAAUGUGGGAGAUAUUGAGGACGAGGAGUAUAAUACCGAUGUUGCUUUACCAUUAGUCUAUGCAUUGCUGUCAUCAAAAGAAUCAGCACAAUAUAGUGCCGUUUUGACUGCCGUAAAAACCGCAGCUCAAGAAUACCACAUUGAUGGAUCUCCUGCGAAGAUAAUGACAGAUUUCGAGCAAGGGAUUUUAAAUUCAUGUGCCGAAGUGUUCCCCGAUACCACGGUCUUGUGCUGCUUUUUCCAUUUGGGGCAAUCGGUAUAUCGUCGCGUACAAGCGGAAGGUCUACAAACAGCUUACAAUCACCCGACCAAUCGCGAAAUUAAAAAUUAUACCCACAUGAUGUUGGGUCUCGCUUUCGUGCCCCCCGAUCGAGUCAAAACUGUUUUCCAACUUCUCGCAGAAAAAGCUCCUGAGGAACUUCUUCCUGUACUUGAUUAUUUUAACGAAAAUUAUAUAACCGGGAGACCAGCACGAGGGCGGAGAAGAGCCAUUCCUCCUCGCUAUCAAGUUCAUACUUGGAAUCAACAUAAAACUACGAUGGAAGGGAGUCACCGUACCAACAACAACAGUGAAGAUGGAAAAUUCGUUGUCGUGUUAUUAAAAAAUCUGAAACAAAGAUAUAUAAGACAGGAAAACUGUUUUCUUUAG